AUGGCUCAGCGAAGUGCAGAUGACGAAGUUGCCGACAGGAUGGCGAACAUCAACCUCGAAGGAUUGGCUGGCGGCGAAGCAAAGUCCUCCAUCGGUCCCGCGGGCUUGAUUCAUAAGGAUUCGGAUGCCAUCAAGCUCUUUGUUGGACAGAUCCCAAAGCAUAUGGAGGAGGAAGACUUGAGGCCGGUGUUUGAGGAGUUUGGGGAGAUCUUCGACUUAGCAGUGAUAAGGGACAAGAUUUCCGGUCUACACAGAGGUUGUGCUUUCCUGACUUACUGCGCACGGGUCUCGGCGGAUGCUGCGAUUGCGGCGCUGCAUGGUCAGCGGAGGUUAGACCGGGGUCAAAAUCCGCUGCAGGUGCGACCCGCGGAAGGCCAGGCUGAGCAAGAGAACAAACUUUUCGUGGGGAUGGCUCCCAAGUCAGCCAACGAGGACGAGAUUCGGGCCGUAUUCGCGCCGUACGGCACGCUCCGCGAGAUUCAUGUCAUUCGCAACCAGGACGGCACCAACAAGGGCUGUGCGUUUGUCAAGUACACCACUCGCCAGAGCGCUCUCGACGCUAUCGAAGCCCUCCACGAGCAAUACACGAUGCAGGGCGGGCCUCGCCCGCUGGUGGUCAAGUUUGCCGACAACAAGCGCGGAACGCAGGCCGCGGCGGGUCGUCUCGGCGGCCUAAUCGGCUCCCCCGGCCGCCACGGGAGCGGCCCCCACCCCGAGGCUGGCGGGUGGAUGGGUCACCCGGGAGCAGGCGGGCAAGGCGCAGGGUACCCGUACCCCAUGCCGGGGCCACCUAUGUCUCCUCACAUGAUGAGUGGCAUGCCAUACGGAAUGGCUUACGGGGGUGGGCAGGCUCCGGGCGCCCCGGCGCAAGGGAGCUACGUCUACUACCCCUACGGCGCGCCGGGGUACCCGCCUCAGCCGGGCGGACCCGGACAGUACCACUCUGGACCACCGAGUCCAUCACGGGGAGGUGGGGGCUACGGUGGUGGAGGGCACCCGCGGUCUCCAUCUGGGUCCGACCGCCACCGGGCGCGCGGUAUGCACGAAGGUGAGGCUGGCGGGGGCGGGGGCGGGGGUGGCACCCGGCCGGCCGAGGGCCCCCCGGGAGCGAACCUGUUCAUUUAUCACCUGCCCCAGGAUCUUUCGGACGCGGACUUGGCUACUGCAUUCGCACCCUUUGGGCAUGUGCUGAGCGCCAAGGUGUACAUCGACCGGGCUUCGGGGGAAAGCAAGGGCUUCGGUUUCGUGUCCUACAGCCUGCCAUCGCACGCAGAGGCCGCCAUCGCGCAGAUGAAUGGCUUCCAGAUCGGGUCUAAGAGGCUCAAAGUGCAGCACAAGCGCCGUGGGCAGUCGACCGAUGACCCAGACGAUCGCGACGAGGGAGGGGGGGGUGGAGGGUAUGGAGACCAAGGACAGGGCGACUAUUAUCCUCACCCGGACUACAUGGGACACCAGGAUGGCAGUCCGUUCUCCUGCAGGAGAUGA